AUGUUCUCUAGAGCACUUAAAUCUUCCCUGUUUCUCUCAAGCGCUUAUAGACCACUCACAUGCAAAAGAUUUGGCCAUGAAUUGGCACCAAGAUACAAACAGGUGAAAAAGAAGCAAAAAGGACGGGUCUCUGUUAGGACAGGUUCCUCUGACAAGGGUAACAGCCUUUCUUUUGGAACUUAUGGAAUGCGGUUGAAAACUGAGGGACUAAGAGUUACGGCCCCGCAACUCCGAGCAGCUGAUAACGUUUUGGUGAAGUAUGUGAAGAAGGGAAAUGGUAAACUUUGGAGGAGACUCUGUACCAAUAUCGCUGUAUGUAUCAAGGGUAACGCUACCCGUAUGGGUAAGGGUAAGGGAGCAUUUGAUCAUUGGACUGUUAGAGUUCCCACUGGUAAAGUUGUGUUUGAAGUUGAUGGAAUGCACCAGAAGGCUGCUAAAGAUGCUCUGCGUAGAGCAUGUGAUAAACUUCCUGGUGUCUGGGAGUUUAUUGGAAAGGAUACUCCCAUCAGAAUUGGUUUAAAGUCCGUCAAGGAGACUGAGGUUACUGAAGUUAACUACCUUGAACAACUCAAGGAGAACCCUACCAAAAAUUAUCUCAACUACUUGAAAUCCAAGCAAAGUCUGUAUAAGGAGUUUGCCGGAAGAAAGUAA